GUGUGGCUCGGAGCGGGCCUCCCAAGGUGCCCUGAGACUCUCCUCCACCGGCCCGUGUCCCGGCCCCGGCGUGGAAGCCCAAGUGCAUCUCGUCCUGGAGAAUGAGACCCUGCCCUGGGGAGACUGGCUCAGCUGCAGCCCCAGGUCCUCUUCCGGCUCCAGUCCAAGGUCAAGGUCAGGGCAAGUGCUGGUGUCCGGCUCAGGCAACUCCAACUCCAACUCGGGCCAAUACUCCAGCUCCGCAUACAACCUUCCCGCCGGCAGCCGUCGCACGUAACACCUGCAACCCCGACGACCUGCUGGGUAGCAUCGCCAAGGACUUGCCCCGGGACCUGCUCAGGGAGAGUGGCCACCCGUGGUCAGGCCUCUUGGAGUCUUCCAAAGUGGUCACGUUCUGCCAGGACAAAGUGAUCUUCGGUUCUCAGCGGCUCCCCACCCCGGGACACCCUCCCACAGAGUCCCCAGACCACGCCCCGGAGCUCGAAGCUGCCAGGAGGCCGUUACCUAAGCAGCCGGAGACCCCAGCAGAGAAGCCGCUGUUCUACACCUUCAAUCUAGACAGCCCCACAGCAUCCCCAGGAAGGCCGGGCCCCCCCACGCCCCAGAGGAGCCGCCAGGAGGUCCGCUCUCAGCCGGAGGGGCAGCCCCUCCGUGCCCGCAACAGCACCUGCUCCAGGGCUCCGCUCUCCACCUGCCCAGCCACCUGCCUCAGGCAGCGCCCGGCCCCGCCUCCCCGGGAAGCCACGCAGAGGCCCGCCUCCGGCGCGCCCCCCUGCCAGCUCCAGGACCCUACGGAAGGCCACGUGCUGGUGUUUGACAUGGACACGGGCAACACCAGGCUGGGACUGCUGUGCCAGGACCCCCUGGGCUCCCGGGCAGUACUGGUGGGCCUCGUGCCCCACCAUCCGUCCGUUCAUGCCCCUGACAAUAUGCCGUCCACCUGGCCACUGGCCGUGCCCGUCGCCUCCCCUAACAGCAACCGCUCCAGCUUCUGGCCCGUCUCGUCGGUGCUGUCCAGCCCCGUGCCCUCCAGCCUCUCAUCCGGCAGCUACCGCGAGGUGGCCCUGGCCCCCAAGGAAGCCCAGCUCAAACUGGAGUCCCGGGAUGGCCCUGGUCCCGAGACACCCAUCAGGGUGGGCCUGCUCCCUGGGCCCAUUCCAGUGGGAGUGCCCCUCCAGGUUGGAGAGAGGACACCGAGCCGUGUCCAGGAUCCCGGCUGGUCCAAACCUGCGGCUGAGAAAAGCGAACCCACUCGCACCAUCUGGAUCCUGGAUGCGUCCAGGAUGCAGGAUGCCUCUGUGGUCACCUCAGAGCCGGCCCCAGAGCCCGCCCGCCCAGCCCCAGCCCAGGAGGCAGCCAGGGCCAUGCUCCAGGCGGACACAGGCAGCCACACCCGGCAGGAGGCCAGCACUGCUCACCCUAACGACCUUCGGGCCGAAGGUACUCGGCAGGGCCCCCUCAGCGGUUGGCCCCCGCUCGGUGAGCAGCAUCCCGUCUCUGGACAGCGCCCUGCAGCGGGUCAGCCUCCCUCUGCGGAGCAGCCCCCUCUCACUGGGGCCCCUCUUGCCAGGCAACGUUCUGUCACUGGGCAGCCUUCCUUUUGCCAAGAGCCCACCGUCUCCAAAGAGCUCAUCCUCUCAAGAGGCGCCGCCUCCACCAGGGAGGCUGGCCAGGCCCCCACGCUGUGCCAGGAAGGGGAGGCCUUGGGUCCGCCCGCCCAUGUCGGGGUACUCCGGGUGCCCCUGGCCCAGGAGAAGACCUGCGUCUACGUGAGCAGGGAAACGAUGGGCCUCAGUGUCCCUCCCAGCUCCAACUCCCACUGGCUGUCUCCCUGGCAGCCCGCCAGCUCUCACGGGGCCCCGGGGCAGCAGCUCUCCCUCGUCACAGUCGCCACACCUGGCACCAGCUACAAGGUCUUGCCCAUGGCCAUGGUGGGCACGGCGCCCCGGGGCCCCCGGCUCAGGCUGACGGCCGAGGACAUGACCGACUCGCCAGUGGUCACGAGCCUGGGCCUGCUCAGCGGGGCCUACUAUGCUCUGCCGGGACAGCCCCCCGGGCUCUGCGGCCACGCGCCGGGCCACUUCCAGAGCUCGGCCGCCGUGGUGAUUGACACGGGCUCAGGCUUCACCAAGUGCGGCCUGGCCGGGGAGGACCACGUCCUCAGCGUGGUGCCCUCACGCGUGCAGCUGCUGCAGCCGCCCGCCCAGGACCAGCCCAGGUACGCGAUGCUGGGCACCGGCGGCGGCUCGUCCACGGUGCUGAACCGGGGCGUGGUCUCCGACUGGGACGCGCUGGAGGUGCUGUGGCAGCACCUGUUCUACUGCAAGCUGGGCAUGCGGCCCGAGGAGCUGGCCGUGCUGGUGGCCGACUCGCCCAUCUCGCCGCGCACCAACCGCGAGAAGGUGGCCGAAAUCCUCUUCGAGUGCUUCCACGUGCCGGCCAUGCAGACCGUGCAGCAGGCCCUGCUGGCGCUCUACGCCUACGGGCGCACCACCGGGCUGGUGCUGGGCAGCGGCCACGGCACCUCCUACGUGGCGCCCGUCCUCACCGGGGACCUGGCCCCACUGGACACCUACAGGCUGGAUGUGGCCGGGGCCGACCUCACCGAGUACCUGGCGGAGCUGCUGCUGGCCGGCGGCCACUCGCCGCCCAAGGCGGGGCUGGUCAACCACAUCAAAGAGACCUGCUGCUACGUGGCUCUGGAUGUGAAAGCCGAGGCGGCCCGCACGCAGGCCCAGUCCCCGGUGGACUUCGUGCUUCCGGACAAGCAGGUCAUCACGCUGGGCUCUGAGCGCUUCCGCUGCCCCGAGGCCCUCUUCCAGCCCCACCUGCUGGGCCUCAACCAGCUGGGCCUCCCGCAGCUCGCCCUCCUCAGCAUCAGCCGGCUGGAGGCCCGGCAGCAGGAGCAGCUGCUGGCCAACGUGGUGCUGGACGGGGGCAGCACGCUGGUGAGCGGCUUCCCCGAGCGCCUGCGACAGGAGCUGGGCCCUCGUGCCACCGUGCUGGGCUCUCCCCACCGCGCCGUGGCCGCCUGGCUUGGAGGCUCCAUCAUGGCCUCCCGGGACUCCUUCCAGAGCCUGUGGCUCAGCCGCCGGGAGUACGAGGAGGAGGGCCCGUGGGCCAUCUACAAGUACCAUCUCUGAGCACAUAAAGUUCCGGUGCCGUU